CUGCUCUUUAAUGUCAGGAGGGAGACACUGCAGCACAGAUGGAUAGAGAUCAUACCAACACAUCCCCCACAUAACAUAAAUCCCCGAAACUUUACACAGUUAAAACCAAAACCCUAUAACAUUUCUUCUUCUUCAUAUAGCCCCAGUUCCUCAAAUUCGCUACCCGAUUCAAGAUGCAGUCCAUGUCGAAUCUCCAUGGCUCCUAUGGCCUUCCUCUUUGUGUUUCAGGGAUUGCUCAUCCCCUCUCUUUCUCUAUGGAAAUGGCAGAUCAUGAUCGCAGAAGGGAGGCCAUAAAGAGGCAGAGGUCACAGUCCUUGGCGGAGCCUCAUGCAAAUCAAGAAAUGGGUACUCAAAGAUUCCUUGAGAGAGUGCUUGCAGAGAUCAAAGAAGGUGAGGUUGAGGUUGAUGGAGAUCUGGCUGGUCUUCUGCAUGAUCUGACCCACAUUUAUUUGGCUUGUACAGCUAAAGCUGCUUAAACUUUACUCUUGUUACUACCAUGUUUGGACAAGCUGUCGCUAGUUGAUAUUUAUGUUGCUUUGCUUUUCUGAA